AUGACAUUCCCGGCGGGAAUAUGGCUAGUGUUAAUCAGUAUCAAAAGCAGUCACAGUGAAAAUGCUGAACCCAGAGCAUUAGAAUUAUCAGUUCCAUGGAGACCCAUCCCAUAUCACGUGCCUCAGCAACAGCUGAUUAGUGUGGCGAGUUUUGAUACUACCAGCAAGGACGAACUAGUUCAUAUCGCGCAGCAUAAUGCGCAAAUCCUGAAGCAAUUCAAUCAGCCCAUCACUCAGUACCAGAAUCAAAAUACGCUCCAGAUUGCAUCGGCCAGCAGUCAGCAGCAGCAACAGCAGCAGCAUGUUCAGCCGCCACCGCACAAACCGUACGGCGGUCAUACACCGGGACCCAAGUACAUGACCACGCCGCUGCUGCUGACGAACGUCAGCCCAGCAAUGCCCGGACAAACAUUGGCCCGCCAUGCUGGCAAACCGUACGGCAAAUCGGACCAAAUCACCACACUCAACAUCGUGCAUCAAUCGACGCCGAAGAUCAUCACCCAGAUGUCUCAUCUCGGUCCGGUUGGCGUUAAAUCGGGCAAAUUCAAUACCCAAUUCAGAGAGCCUGUCCUGAACGCACCUCCGGGACCUCCUCAGAAAUCCACACUAAAACCACAUCCAGUUAUGAACAAACUGCAAACGCACAUGGCAGUUGCGUACCGGCAAAAGCAACCGGUAGCGGCCACCUCGAAUCGUCUAGAACAUUACGUCUCUCCGAAUCUGUACGGCACGUACAUCCAAUUCGGACAGGCUUCCAGCCCGCUGCAGACAGCAAAGACAAAAUUUAUUAGCCAAAUCGCCAGCCAUCCUAGCUUUGAUGCUCAGCUCAAAGGUUUACUGCAUGCUGGCGUUGGAAGUAGCUAUCAGCAAACUUUCUCGCACAUUAAAAACCUUCAGAAGAUGAACUAUCUGCAGCAGCAGAGUAAAAUUCAACCCUUCUACAAUCACAUUCCCCUGGACAUCGAUCUUCCGAAGAAGCUGGUCUCUUCCGGGGAGAAAGAUUUGCCCAAGAUCCAGGCAACCACAUCCAGCCCGCUAUUUCCUCAUAUUCCGCCAAGUGUCCUUACCCCGUUCUUCCAGCAGGUUCAACAACAGCAACAGAAUAAGUACGGGUUCAGUCUGAAAACGCAGCAUCCUGCUCCGCCAGCUGCAACUCCUGCUCCGACAAUUGUUUAUGAGAAACCACACAAAAUCCAACAGUCUCAAUUCCAGUUCGAAUCGCAUCAAGUUCAUCCGACUCAGUUCGGUUCUUAUAAAGACCACCAUGCAAGCGAUUCGUUCGGUUUUACCUCUUAUCAGAGUCACCAGCAGCCUCCAAUUGAUCAUCAACCUCACGAGAUUGGAAAAUUCAAAGAAAUUCCGCAUCAAAAUGUAUUCAACGAAAUUCACGAUGAAUACACUAAAAAUUUAGUUCCACCACCACUUAGCACCCAGCAGGCUUUCCUACCAACAGUACUGACUCAUGCUGAUCCGAGCAAAGACCCCAUGGAAAUACUAAACAAGUAUAACAUUAAUCCACAUUCCCCUCUCCAGGAUGCUAAUCGAUUCAGUUACGAAUCUUAUGCUAGGCCCAGUUCAUCAUCCCAUGCUCAAUUAUCGACUCCCAGUUCAGUACCAACGACCACCCCGGCUACUACUCAUUAUCCAUCAACAACCACGCCGCGGCAACCUUUCUAUUCGCACACAAUCAACUUUGCAGGGGAUCACAACGGCUACAAUCAACCGGUACUGGUGACACCGAAUAGCGAUAACUGGAUAGGCCGAGACAAAUUCAUCACUACCGAAAAACCGAAUAUUUUCAAAAACCUUUUCCGCUCGCCGGAGAGUGAAUACAAGCAGCACAAACUGAUGCAUCCGGGAUACACGGGAUUGCCUCCGAAUAAACGGGUCUCCACGACCACCCCUGGUUCCGUGUCCGAUGCUUCAACCGAGGAACCACUAAUUACGCACAGCUUCUUCACCAUCGAAGAUGCCAUCUCGGAUCCGACUCUCAUCCCACCGGGGAAUCGCAACAAAUACAAGUACACCACCGAAGCGGAGGAAAACCGCUUGGAAGAUCAUCAACCGGAAAUCGUCACAAUCGGAUCCUUUUUGGAUUCCCAAGAACAGGGAACCACGACCGUGUUUCCUAUGUUCAAAAGCAAAGGUCGACGGCGACGUCCAAAGCCGCAACAAAGCACUGAAGUGUCCGCCGAAAGUUCGGACUCUACCGAAAAUCCAAACAAAACCCGCUUCCGGUUACGACUAAGACCGACCACCGAGUCGGAAAAUGAAAUCAAAACAACUCUAUCGCCUCCCAUCACAACAACGUUCCUCGCCGAAGAAAGUUCCAUACGAAAGCAGCGAAAAAAACUUCCAACCAACUUCAGUCGGAAUCGUUUCAGCACGGGUGGUAACCGUGACGAGCAAGAUCAAGAUCGACCGUCUGGAGACCAGCAACUGCAGCAGCAGGACGUCUCGGCCACGCAAGUACCGCCGAUCACGACGACCGCCGCGGUGAGCUCAUUCUUCAACUUCAGCAACGAUAACAAUCAGUUUUCAUUCGGUGGUAAUGGCUUUCGGUCACGCUUUAGACCCGGUGGUGGCACCAGUGCGGAACCAAAGCCCACCCGAACGAGAGGCAAAUUCAGUGACGAUCUCGAUGACUUCUUCAAGUCGGAUGAAAUCACGCGUGACAUCGAGAACACUCGACUCAAUUUCAAGCUGCAGAACAGCAAACCCAGCCUAAGGCUACCGUCGGGUUCAUUCAGUCCCGGUAUCUCGUCGACCUCCACCAGUUUCACUUCGGACGAAAGCAGUGCCGAGGUCAACCGAACUCGAACGGAACUCAAUCGUCCGCGGUUCAGCAUCAAAGAGUAUCGCAGCAAACUGAACCGAACGGCUCCCUCAACGGUGGCAACUUCUUCCAUUUCGUCCGACAUUGAACUUACGACCCAAGCGGCUACAAAGCUGCGCUUCCCCACCAGGAACCGUUUCGUGCUCAACACGCGUCCGAACAAAACGGCCGACUCUAACGAAAUUCUUUCGCCUAGUUCUAGCACGACCGAAAAGUCGCUAAUCAACAAUAGCGAAUCUACUACCAUGACGACGACGCGAACAUCGUUCCGACCGACGGGACCCAGAACCAGCUUCAACCGGUUUACGGUGAAGAAGACGAGCACCGAAACGCCACAACUGCAGCAGCAACAACCGCAAUCUUCUUCAACGCCCAGAAUAGUCAAUCGGGGCCGGAUAAGGCAGCAAGACACUACGACGCAAUCGUCGCUCAACCGAACCUCGAUCCCAUUAAACACCAGCACCCUUGCGAACCGCCGGCCUGCCAAAAUUAGUCUUCGCCAGCGCAUCCAGAAUUUCAACCGCAAGAAGGAACCGGAACCGGUGCUUAAGGAUGUGGACCAGGACGGAAACAGCCUGCUAGUCAGUUCCGAUGAAACCAAAACCGAGGAUCUGAGCAGCUUGGGCACGGUGGUCCAGCAGAACCGUUUCGAGGAAAAUUCUCCGCCGUCCUCGUCGUCAUCUAGCAGCAGCAGCAGCAGCAGCAGUACCACCACCAGCAGCACAACCACCACAACCGAGGGUUACCGGCAUCCGGAAACGGCAAUCAUGAAAAUCUCCCCGAAGGAUUCCUCCAACACCUUCACCGAGGGCGAUUGGGAUCUGAACGGUGCCUCGUCCGAUUACAGCAAGCGCGUCGUUGAGCUUACACUGUCAGCCAGCAAAGAGAAAGGUUUCAAAUCGGUCAACAAGGGACUGCUUUCAAGGCGAGUUCCCGGAUAUUUUACCCUAGCCACCGAAGAUCCUAUACUGCCAAUCGAGGCGUUUUUCCCACAAGUUAAGAAAGUGAGUGCGUGA